ACGCUAGAGCACUCAGCCCAGAGACUGGCCCGAGCGGCCGCCCGGCUUCAGCAGUCCAGUAGGCGACCGGCGCCUCCAGCCUCCAACCCGGCCACCGUCUGUAGGGCCACGAAGCCGGUACUGGUGACUGGUCGCGGCAAGGCCACUGCCAGGUCAAAGCCAGCCCAAAGCCGCCAGCCCAUUCGUCCGGUCCCCAGUGCCUCAGAGUCCCGGCCUCCAAUCAAGCCAAUCAGGCUGGUCAGGCCCACCCCGUCCGCGGCUGCAGGGGCACCUCCGUCCCCACAAGCAGGCCCUAGCAGGAUGGCGUCACCUACGGCGUCCCCACCCCAGGAGAGGCAGAGCUGGUGGGUAAUCACGUCCAGCGAUGAAGACCGGCUGUUGUCCCCCUCAGUUGCAUCACCCCGGCCACCCACUCCACCUCGCCCAAGGCCGAUUAGCCCCAGCCACGUUUCCCCAGCCUCUACAGUUUUCCUGUCGCCCAACCAGCCAACCAGCCAGCUAACCAGCCCGAUGACCAGCCAGUCAGCCAGCCAGCCAGAUGACGCCAGACCGGCCCCACCUCAGGCAGCCCAGAGGGUACUGGUCAGGGACGCCUCCACACAGACCCCUUUCCUCUGGUGGCCCACACCCUCGGAUUCCGGUUGGCAGGCACGUCAAAGGUCUCGAGAGCUACGGUCAAGGCGUCGAGCAGAGCAGCACCGGCCCCGUGACAGAACAUCCCGCAGGCAAGGCAGCCGCCCUCCCACCAGCCGUGCUAGGCCCCAAAGCCGAGGACAAAACCGAAGGUCUGCCAGGUCAAGGAGCCGCUCUCCCGCCCGGAGAAGCCAUUCUUACCGGCGGCGUGAGAACCACCGCUCGUGA